CGCAGGUGAGCGCUGCUUCCGGGGUCGGGAGCCCCGGAUCGCUCCAUCUACCUGCGCGGGAGUCACAGCCGGACCGCCCGGCCGGCCAUGGCGUCCUCUUCCGUCCCGCCGGCCUCGGCCCCGCCGGCCACCGCCACCCCCGGCCCGGGCUUCGGCUUCGCCUCCAAAACCAAGAAGAAGCAUUUCGUGCAGCAGAAGGUGAAGGUGUUCCGGGCGGCCGACCCGCUGGUGGGCGUGUUCCUGUGGGGCGUCGCCCAUUCGAUCAAUGAACUGAGCCAGGUGCCUCCUCCAGUGAUGCUGCUACCGGACGACUUUAAGGCCAGCUCCAAGAUCAAAGUCAACAAUCACCUUUUCCACAGGGAAAAUCUGCCAAGUCAUUUUAAGUUUAAGGAGUACUGUCCUCAAGUCUUCAGGAACCUCCGUGAUCGAUUUGGCAUUGAUGACCAGGAUUACUUGGUUUCCCUUACUCGAAGCCCCCCAAAUGAAAGUGAAGGCAGUGAUGGUCGCUUCCUUAUCUCCUAUGAUCGGACACUCGUCAUCAAAGAAGUAUCCAGUGAGGAUAUCGCUGACAUGCAUAGCAACCUUUCCAAUUACCACCAGUACAUUGUGAAGUGCCAUGGCAAUACACUGCUACCCCAGUUCCUGGGCAUGUACCGAGUUAGCGUGGACAAUGAAGACAGCUACAUGCUCGUGAUGCGCAACAUGUUUAGCCACCGCCUUCCUGUGCACAGAAAGUAUGACCUGAAGGGUUCCCUAGUUUCCCGAGAAGCCAGCGAUAAAGAAAAGGUAAAGGAACUGCCCACCCUGAAGGAUAUGGACUUCCUCAAUAAGAACCAGAAAGUUUAUAUUGGUGAAGAGGAGAAGAAAGUCUUCCUGGAGAAGCUGAAGAGAGAUGUGGAGUUCCUUGUGCAGCUGAAGAUCAUGGACUACAGCCUUCUGCUGGGCAUCCACGACAUCAUUCGGGGCUCUGAAUCAGAAGAGGAGGGGCCUGUGCGGGAGGAGGAGUCGGAGGGGGACGGAGACUGUGGCCUGACUGGACCUCCAGCUCUGGUGGGCUCUUACGGCACCUCCCCAGAGGGCAUCGGAGGCUACAUCCAUUCCCACCGGCCCCUGGGCCCCGGCGAGUUCGAAGCCUUCAUUGAUGUCUAUGCCAUCCGGAGUGCUGAGGGGGCCCCCCAAAAGGAGGUAUAUUUUAUGGGCCUCAUUGACAUCCUGACACAAUAUGACGCCAAGAAGAAAGCAGCUCACGCAGCCAAAACUGUCAAGCAUGGGGCUGGGGCGGAGAUCUCUACGGUCCAUCCUGAGCAAUAUGCGAAGCGAUUCCUAGAUUUUAUUACCAACAUCUUUGCCUAAGAGACUGCCUGACUCCAUGAUGACUGCUGCUUUAAGUUCAAGGUGGUGGGGUUCUGAGAAGCUGGAGGGAAUGUGGAUAUUCUGGCCACUAGUACUUCUUUUCCUCCUUCGCCAGUUCAGGCGAUGUGCUCUUCCAUCUCCAUAACUAUCUUAUUGAAUCGGCUCCUCCUGGAUCUCAGAAAUGCAUCGUCCUUUCUUCCUUUUGUCCAGUCAUCAUAGUUCCCCUUGCCUGCACCCCCCCUCGCCCCAACAUGUUUGCUUGCUACCUUAGAGUGUUCGUGUUGACUCUCCCAAGUGCCUUGAUCUUUGUCAAAUGUCCUGUUGUUUCUAAAACAAAGGAAGAGCUGGGGGUUAGGGGGCUGUUUGCCUGGCUGACAGCUGGGCCUCCUCAAGCAACUACUCUGGAAGCACUUUACUGUGUGUAGAACUAGUGUCUGAAUUUUGCUGACAACCUUAUAUAUCCCAGUGUGGCAUGCUUCUUUCCGAGUAUACCCUGGGAUGGAGGACUUUCAGAACACUACAAAUUUGGGUGCAGGCACACAUACAUUACAGGCUAUGGCCAAUCUCAUAUACUGGGUGGGGGUGAGGAUGGGGGGAAGUGGUCAGGGGAACUGGCACCUCAGGGAGAUGGGACCUAAGGAUGCUGUGAUUAUGUAACUAUUUGGAGAGGGUCUCUCUCAAGGAUGGUCUACUCUCCGGUCAUUUUCACCUCCCACCCCUCACUUCUGUGCUCUCCUCUCUCUUCGUGGGUGUGGGGGCUUGGAAUCGGCCAGAGUGUUCAUGCCUGGUUGAGGGCUUUCGCUGCUGCUUAUCACUGGCGUCUCACACCACUUCCAGGACUGGAAUCUUCAGUGAGGUGUGGGCGCUUCUGGAGGCAGAGGUGGUGGGUGGGCCUCAUGUUAGAUUUCUUCUCUUCAGAUCUAGCUGUUUCUGUUUAGUCCGAACAGAAGGGACCAACUCUCCCUGGGUCUGCCCUAGUCAUUUCAAGAGAAUGGAGGUCUCUGUGUAGGGCCCCCCUCUCCCCUGCCAUCCCCUGUGUAUGUGCCUAGAAUACUUCCUCCCCCUUUCCCUUCUCUAGCCCUUUUCCCCGUUGUAUUUGUUAUUCUGUUCUCUUCUGUCCCAUCUUAGACUGCUACUGUGUCUCUCAGGGGACAGAUGGCCUUCUUUGUCAUCUUCACUCUCCACCCCCAGAGAGGAGCCAGAGCCAUAACUCAAUCAUCUGCCCCCUCCAAACACAGUUUUGUUGAUUUUAGCAUGAUAAUCACACCAAGUAGAGGACCCUGGUGAAGCAGGUCGACUCCUCCCUUUUUUGCUGCCUUCCAUCCCUUUGAGGCUUCUACUUGAUUUUUGUGUGUUUGCUUGUAACAUGAAGAGCAGUCCCAAUAAAUAAAAGACCUGCAGUGACACAAGCCUUCUUGCCCUGUAUCUGACAAAACUGAUAAGUCUCACGAGAAGAUGUGGGCUAGAAAGGAGAUUGUUCCUCUCCUUCAGUCUCUGUGCCACACGUUUUGAAGUAAAAGAAGAGUCCCCGGUUAAGGUUUGAGUCCCACAUAUUCUAUUCCUGUCAGAAGCCUCCUGGAUCUUAUUCAUUCCAACUGUACCUUUCCCCUGUUGAAUGCAAUAAAACUCCAUGACACCAGCAACCGUUGUUCUUUGACCAUGUGGCUAAUGUAUCAUGAGCGGUAUGGUCUUCAUCAUUCGUUGCUUCUGUUUUCAUCUUUUAUUAAUAAAAAAAAAAAAGGAUGGUGUGUAUUUACUUCCUUUGCUGUCACUAUAUAAAAAAUAAAUUAUUGAAUCCAAA